ACUGAGCUACAUCCAGAGACUGCCUGAGCUACAUCCAGCGACUGACUGAGCUACAGACAGAGACUGCCUGAGCUACAGCCAGCGACUGCCUGAGCUACAGCCAGAGACUGUCUGAAGCUACAACUAGAGACUGCCUGAGCUACAGCCAGAGACUGACUGAGCUACAGACAGAGACUGCCUGAGCUACAGCAACCGACUGCCUGAGCUACAGACAGUGACUGCAUGGGCUACAUCCAGCGACUGCCUGAGCUACAGAGACUGCCUGAGCUACAGCCAGCACCCGUCUCUGAGUGUAGCCACAGGGCCAUGGCGAGUGCAACUCCCACUGGUAGUGAGGCUCCAGGGGAGUUGACCUGUCCCAUCUGCCUGGACGCCUUCAGCUGCCCCUGCACGCUCAGCUGCGGCCACUCGUUCUGCCUCAAGUGCGUGGAGGGCGCCUGGGAUGCAGCAGAGUCCUUCUCCUGCCCACAGUGCCGAGUGACCUUCCCUCAGAGGCCCAAGCUGAACAAGAGCGUGACGCUCGCCAACCUGGUGGAGCAGCGCAGUGCUGCAGAUUAAUUGGCCACCGUGGUUUUGUGUGACUUCUGCAACGAUGGCACGACCGCUGCCUCGAUGACCUGCCUCAGUUGUGAUAUG